AUGUUUUUUCAGGGCAGCGACAGCAUCGAGCUCCUCACGGCGAGCGGGAAGGACCCAGCAGCGCAGUGGAAGACGCUUGGCAAGGUCCGGCGCGAGUUUGACAAGGCGUCCAAGGCCUACCUCUUUGUGCUCGACGGUCCCGCGGCCGCCACCAAGCUUUCGCUCCCCAAAGAUACCAAGCCAUUGGGCCUCACGCACCGCUACGUGGUGCUGCAAGCGUGGCUGCCGAGCGGCAAGGCCAUCUCGCUCGAGCUCGGCGUCACGGACGUGGCGGGCAACCGCCGCCGACUGCUCCUCUCGACCGCAUUCCGAGACUGCGCCGUGCACCAGCUGCAUGCUCAGAUUCCUUUUCAGCAGCUGCGCCGGGAGACAUGGAUGCACUGGACCUUUGACGUCGCGCGCCUCGUCGCGUCCGCCUUCCCGAGCCAAGCGCUGCGCACCCUCGACUCGAUCGUCCUCUGCGGCUCGUGGAAGCUGCGGCGCAUCUUCACGAUGAAGGACCCGCCCGUGAGCGCCGCCGCCGCCUUCGCUUCGGACGACGAGCAUUACGUCGAGAUCCCGCGGGCCUUUGCAGUCCUAGGCUGCGCGGUGGAGACCUUUGCGAUCCCGCGCAUCGCCAAGCCAGCGGCCAGCCGCCCCGAGACGGCGCCAAAGACCAAGAAGCCGACGCCGGCACCGCGACCUCACUCGUCGGCCUGCGCGGCCAAGCGACCAAGUGCAACGCAAAAUGCUGAUGGUGGGAAGAAGCCGAGUGUUCUCAAACCACCAACACCACAGACGACCGAGCGUCGGGAACCCACCUCGUCGCACGUGGAUCGACGCGGCAGUGAGGCAGUCGACCACUCGAGCAGUUUGGUUCGGAGCUCGGCGCCGACGAGCGGAUAUCGACCGUCGCCCUCCAUCUUUGAUUUUGCGUCGCUUCGCAUUCCUCCACUGCACACGACACCGCCUCCCAAGCCUCCGGGAACCCUCUCCAAGUUUGCCUCGUGGGAAGAUGACGACGACGACGAUGCUGGCCGAGGGCUCACGUCGCGCAUGCAAACUGCCAUGGACAAACCGUUGCGUGUCGACGAGGUGGUGACGCCGCCCCAUGACACACCGUUGAAGAGCGACCACGAAGAGCGAACAGCCAUGACAAAAGAGACUCUCAACCAAAACGAAUCUCGGGCUACGAGUGUGCUUGACAACGGCUCUGAACCGACAGCCACGUGGAGUGCAAGGGCGCUGCUCGAGGCGGCAUCGAGCCGGCUCGGGGCUUCUUCACCUGCGUCCAUGGACGUCGAAUACGAGAUGAUGCCAGUCCCCCAGCCUGCUAGUGUGCCAUUGAGCAAAGUGGAGGUGCCCGAGAUGCCCGAGAUGCCCGAGGCGGCCGACAGGGCAACCAGCGACUGCCACAGAGUACGACACGACGACGACGACGGGAUCGAACAGGACGACGACGCAGGCAGCGAUGUUUCCUUCGACAUGACGGACGAGCUUGCUCCGGCUGCUGAAGAAACCAGUUUCGACUUUGACAACGAGCUCGAAGAGUCGUUGCCAGUAAUGGUCCACAAGAGCUUCGCGUCGCCCGCCAAGACGCCUCCAGAGCCGAUGCUAUCGUCCAUGGAGCAGUUGUUGUCGAGUGCUCGCCAAGACCCGCGGCUCAAGUCGCUUCUCGCGUCGACAGAUUGGUCGGCGCCCGAGCCCAGCAGCAUGGACUUGCUCUACGACCCGAUCUUGCAUUGCUAUCACGACCCGAUGACCAACAAAUACUACCAGCUCAAGUAG